UACCAAGUAAGAUAUGCACCAGUUCAGCACACUGACGGGCUUUUUAACGAGGUUCGGUCAGAGGGGGAGGAGCAGGGAGGAGAUUCCGUGCAGCCUGUAAGCAGGAGCAGAUCUCCUCCUGCAGACCUUUUACGCACAGCGCACAAAUGGAUCAAAUCUACCUCUUCUUCAUCCUCCUGUUCGGAUCAUCGGUACCGUCCGCGGCAGAUUGGAAACUGGUUCUGCUCCACACCAACGACGUGCACGCCCGGGUGGAGGAGACCAGCGUGCACUCCGCCAAAUGCAGCAGCAGGAGCGGCGGGGAGUGUUUCGGCGGGGUUGCGCGGAGAGCCACGAUGAUCAAACGCAUCCGGGACCAGGAGAGUAACGUGCUGCUGCUGGACGCAGGAGACCAGUUCCAAGGGACGGUCUGGUUCAACUUCUACAAGGGAGCCGAAGCUGCAUACUUCAUGAACAAACUGGGAUAUGAUGCCAUGGUUUUUGGUAACCAUGAGUUUGAUAAUGGAGUGGAGGGACUCAUGGAACCGUUCCUGCAGAACAUUAACUGUACCGUCCUCAGUGCCAACAUCAGACCAGACAAGACUCUGGUCUCCACCUUCGGCAAAACAUAUUUACCCUACAAGAUCUUUAAGGUUGGAGGUCAGCGGGUUGGUGUGGUGGGAUACACGUCACGAGAAACGCCGGCUCUGUCUAAGCCCGGACCUCACCUGGAGUUCCAGGACGAGGUGAGUGCUCUGCAGCCGCAGGUGGACAAACUCGCGACGCUCGGGGUCAAUAAAAUCAUCGCUCUGGGUCACUCCGGCUUCACAGUGGAUCGGCUUAUCGCCAGGAAAGUCCGCGGAGUCGACGUGGUCAUUGGUGGACACACCAACACCUUCCUGUACACAGGAACGCCUCCCUCUCUGGAGACCAAGGUUGGUGAUUAUCCAUUUGUGGAGACAUCUGAGGACGGGCGAAACGUUCCAGUCGUCCAGGCCUACGCUUUUGGAAAAUAUCUGGGUCUCCUGAAUGUGACUUUUGAUAAUGAUGGGAAUGUGGUGAAAUAUUCUGGAAACCCGGUCCUGCUGAACAGCAGCAUCCCAGAAGAUCCAGAGAUUUGGACUGAAGUGGAGAAUUGGAAGAAGAACCUGGCCAAUUACACGGCUAAGGUGGUGGGGAGGACUCUGGUCUUCCUGAACGGGACGAAUGCGGCGUGCCGCUCCCAGGAAUGUAACCUGGGAAACCUCAUCUGCGACGCAAUGUUGGAUAACUACAUCAGGUUCUUCGAUGAUGAGCAGUGGAACCACGUCAGCGCCUCCAUCUUUAAUGGCGGGGGCAUUCGGUCAUCCAUCGAUGAACGGACAUACAACGGUUCCAUCACCAUGGAGGACCUUCUGUCUGUGCUACCGUUUGGAGGAACCUUUGAUCUUGUGCAGCUGAACGGUUCCACGCUGAGGGAAGCCUUCGAGCACGCCGUCAGGAAAUACGGAAAAAAUCCCGGAGAGUUCCUCCAAGUGUCAGGACUCCAUGUGGAGUUUGAUGUCUCCAAACCUGCAGGACGUCGUGUGAGAAGCCUCAGUAUCCUCUGCACCAGGUGUCGCGUUCCUCAGUAUGAGCCGGUCCGAGACAAGGAGCUGUACACGUUGGUGGUGCCGUCUUACCUGGUGACUGGCGGAGACGGGUUCAAGGUCAUCAAAAACGGGAUCAAGAAGCACAACAGCGGGGAUUUGGACAUUUCAGUGGUGUCGAAUUACAUCGCACAGAGAGGACAAGUUUAUCCGACUGUGGAGAGACGCAUCCAGGUCUACAACUCAGCCUCUGGACUUCAGGGCCCUCUGCCCUCACUGGGUUUACUGGUUUCACUGUGGCUGUUCUUCAGCUGGUGAAAAAACAUCUAGAGCUCUAAUCAGAAACAGAAGAGGACAGUGACCUAUUUUCAUUGUUAAUGUUUUUUCUUUUAUAGACAUGUGGACCUUAGUUAGAACUUUAGUUAGAACUGAUGUGCAGGAGUGAAGAUGUUCUUUGUCCAACCUCCUGAACGUUUCCUCUCAACAAAACCAAAUAAUGGCAUUCCUUUAAUGACCACUAGGUGGCAUCUUCAGGAACAUCAUUAAUUGGAGCUUUAAUUAACCACUAACUCCUCCCACAUGGAUUCCUUUGGAGGCUCCACGCUUCCUGAAGAUGUUUUAGAUGUUGCAGCUUCCUGUUCCUGAAGCUUCCCCAAUGACCAAAUUAUCUGACUUAUUUCUGCUGUUUUCUGAAAGCCACAGUAGCUGGACUGCUCAUCACUUCCUUCUCUCCAUCUUCUACUUCCAAGCAAGGAAAAGACAAAUUUCUCGGGCAGUUAAAAAAAUAUUACAAGCUUCUCAUCAAAUAGAAAUUACCACAAAUUCCUAGAAACGAUGUCUUACAGAUAUGGAGAGGAGCUCAGAGUGGAGCUGGUGUUGCAACACAUGAAAAGAGUCGGCUGAGGAUGUUCUUCAGAUCAGGGUGAUCCUAGAUGGCUUCCUUUGGAGGUUUUCUGGCCCCAUCCCUCUGGGGCAGAGCUGGAACGUCUUGUGGUAUUAGGUCUUCUGGCUGAGAUCUGGUUUUCUUCUCAGGACUUUAAUAAAUCCAAACUCAUCUGUGUAAACAUUGAAUUACAUAUUAAAUUGACCAAAACAGAAGCAGGAUGGAUGGAUGGAUGGAUCUGCACCUGUUGGAUCUGGUAAUAUUUCUCCACAUCAUGAUUUGGAGUUCCAGAUUAUCUCAAAUUCUCCAUGAACAGAUCAGGUUCUCGUGGGUUCUACCACCUGAACCUUCAGCUCACCGACUAAAAUCAGAGUUUCAACAAUUAAAGGCAACAAAUGUUUCUGCUCACAUCCAUAAAAAGGUGGAGAACCAUUAAAGAUCUGCAUGAUGAACUUCCUGUAAGAAUGAAGAAUGAAGCUUGACUGUUUGGACUCUGAGAAGAAGAACAUGUUUUCUAGCGUUGGAGUGAUGCCAACAUGUAUGUUUAUAAAUCAUUAAUAAACCCAGAGAUUAAUAAAUAA